CCGCCAGCAGCAGCUUUCGGUCGCCGGCGACCAUCUCACGCCGUCAUCGUGUCAUUCUGUUAUGUUCCCGCCAUCAGAGGUACCGACCGUGCUCACUCUCCACGAACGGAAGCGGCAGUGCCGUCUCCGUCGACCAACCGGUUGUGAUCCACGAGACCCGCACGUUACCCGCCGUCGCCUUCUCUGAGUCGGCUGUUUCGCAACUCAAUUUGGCUAUCACUGCUCUGCUUGAAGAUCCUCCGAGCACCAGUUCCGGCAUUAUCCGCCUCGAGGUGCCGAUAAUGGAGAAGGCCGCAGCCAUUGACUGGUUACUUGCCCAACAUUUUCUACCUCGAUGCUACUUUUCUAGUCGAGGAGAGAGGAGGGUGCAUUCUACUGACUUUUCGGGAAACGAACAUGACAGAUACAAUGGCAUUGAUGAGAAAUGUCUGGUUAGUGUUGCAGGUGUAGGCUCGACCAUUUCCUUUUGGGGAUAUAAUCCUUUCAGUUUGGAAGAUUGGAAGUGCAUUAAAAGGUUUCUCAAUAAUGACUGCCCACUCGUUCGUGCUUAUGGUGCCAUUCGGUUUGAUGCGAAGAGGAAUAUUUCUACUGAGUGGAAGGAGUUUGGCUCAUUUUACUUCAUUAUUCCACAGGUUGAAUUUGAUGAGUUUGAAGAUGGUUCUAUGCUCGCUGCUACCAUUGCCUGGGAUGAUUCCCUUCUUUUGACUUGGGAAGGAGCAAUACAUGAGCUUCAAGCCACAAUGAAAAAGUUAGUACGAUUUGAUAAACUAGAUCAGCCAAUCCUCCGAACUAGUAUUGUUGGGUGCAGUCAUAUUCCUAAUAAAGCAUCCUGGAAUGAUUCUGUUACUAAAGCUCUGGAGAUGAUAAAUAGAAGAAAUUCAGGCCUAGUAAAGGUUGUAUUGGCACGCUGUAGCAGAUACGUUACUGACACUGUCAUUGAUCCUGUGGCAUUAUUGGCUUCUCUACGGAUUGAUGGCCAACAUUCAUACCAGUUCUGCAUCCAGCCUCCUAAUUCUCCAGCAUUUAUUGGAAAUACUCCAGAACAAUUGUUUCACCGAAAAUUCCUAAAUAUAUCAAGUGAAGCUUUGGCUGGGACGCGAGCCAGGGGUGUAACAGAAAUUGAAGAUUUCCAAAUUGGGCAGGAUUUACUUUACAGUCCCAAGGAGGAUUUUGAAUUUGCCGUAGUGCGGGAGAGCAUUAGACGAAAACUGGAGACCAUCUGCGAUGAAGUAGUUGCUGACCCGAUUAAACGACUACGAAGACUUCCCAGAGUACAGCAUAUAUGUACUGAAUUAUUUGGCAAGUUAAGGAGGGAAUAUGAUGAGUUUGAAAUCCUAGAUUCCUUGCACCCAAGUCCUGCAGUUUGUGGAAUGCCAUCAGAAGAGGCUCGUCAUUUUAUAGAAGAAGAUGAGAAGUUUGAUCGUGGAAUGUAUGCUGGGCCCGUUGGCUGGUUUGGAGGAAGUGAAACUGAGUUUGCAGUUGGCAUCAGAUCAGCUCUUGUUGGACAGGACUUGAACACAUUAGUUUAUGCUGGUGCUGGGAUAGUAAGAGGAACCAUUCCGUCAUUAGAAUGGGAAGAAGUUGAUUUAAAGAUAUCCCAGUUCACGAAAGCAUUGAACCUUCCUGAGCUCCAAGCAUAUGUUUGAGAGAAACCAAAAAUGCAGGCUCUGUGGCAAGAGGUGAUUAGUGAUUUCUAUUUAGUCUAUCGUAAUUUACGCGUAAACAUUUCCAAAAUUGUCCCAUUUAUUUCCUGGGAAUGACAUGAAUAUUGUGCUUUCAUUAAGUUUUUUAAUGCUUUUAUUUGCAUUAAAUGUAA